AUGAAUCUGUAUCUGGUGGAGACGAGCUGCAGCCUGACUGUCUGGUUCUCACUGUACGUACUGCUGUGUUACCUGAACGGGAGGAGAAGCAAAGAGUGGAACUGCAGACUCGUCACCUUGCUGCAUGGCCUUCUCAUCGUUUUCCUGACUGCUUACAUUGGGUUUAUUGAUGGGCCUUGGCCAUUUACGCAUGCUGGCUCCAAAAACACUCCACUCCAGAUCCUGGCGCUGCUGCUCAGUCUAGGCUACUUCCUCUUUGACAUGGCCUGGUGCGUGUAUUUCCGUGCGGAGGGUCUUGUCAUGAUGGCCCACCACACCCUGAGCAUCCUAGGCAUCGUGUGUGCCCUGGGGAUGGACGAAUCGGGUAUUGAGGUGUGCGCUGUGCUCUUCGGCAGUGAGAUCACCAACCCCCUGCUUCAGGCCCGCUGGUUCCUCAGACAGACAGGUCGCUAUGACAGUGUCAGCGGAGAUGCCGUUGACCUCUUGUUCAUCACACUUUUUGCCUGCGUGCGCAUCGGUGUCGGCGGCCACAUGCUUUACUGCGAGCUGGCGUCUCCGAAACCCAAACUGGUGAUGAAGGUGGGCGGGGUGGCCAUUUACACUCUCUCCUGUUUCUUUAUGGUGGACAUUGCUAGCUUUGCUUUUCGAAAGAGUCGCACCAAGUACAGACGGUGGCUGGAACAGCGAAAGCUUGAUAGUGCUAAUGGACAUGCUAGGUAA